AUGCAGAAGAAAGAAGGGAAACAGCACGGGUGGUUUAUAUACGCACUUAUAAGUACACCAAUAUACAAACGUAUAAUGAAUGUUCGUGCCCUUUUCCCCUGCAUUCUCAUUUUCAUUUCAACCGAGAUAUUCACGUGCUACAAACUAACUCGCCUAACCCGCCCGGGAGACUUCCUCUUCCAUAAUAAGGGGGAAACAAAAAGGCGUAGAGGAAUUAGAAUUAGAGUUGCCAAGAAUCGAACAAGUGUGAAUGACGGUAUAGCCAAUUAUGCUGAUAUCGAAAGGAAGGUAAAAUGCAGAAUUGGGGUGGAAGUGCACGUGCAGCUGAGCACAAAAUAUAAAGCCUUCUGUAACUGCUUUAAUGUCGCUUCUUCACAUAAUGAUAAAACGUACGAGAGGAAUUAUAUCGAUGUGUGUAAUUUUUUAAAGGAAAACAUUUUGAAGACAGGAAAUGAAGGAGCAGAUUUAAAUUGGCUAGGAGAGGGAACCUCUCCAAAGAAGACUCAAGGGGGGAUAAUCUCCACAGAGACGAAGGGGAGCAUUAAUGAAGACCCUAUGUGUGCCAUUAAUAGACCAAACAAACACAUAUGCAACAGAUGUGUUGGCGAGGUGGGCUCCCUAAGCUUACUGAACAACACGGCUGUCUUGUUCACAUACCUAAUUGGUAUUAUUUUUAAUUGCAGGAUAAACAAUAUUAUUACCUUCGAUAGAAAAAUUUAUAAUUAUUAUGACUUGCCAAAAGGUUAUCAGAUUACGCAAAAGGAAACGCCGAUUGGUUUCGAUGGUAACAUUUCUGUGGAAGGAAAGAACUUUCGCAUAAAGAGCGUCCACCUAGAGGAAGACACAAGCAAGUGUUUCUUCCUCCCCCGAAGUGUGCAUAUAUCAGAUAACAGGGAUAACCCCAACGAAAGUAACAGCCAUGCGAAAGAAAAUGCACUUAUGGAUGGUAGUUCCAUUUUGAACCUUAACAAUGAUAGUGGUGAAGGUGAUAAAGAUAAUGGAGGAACAAAUCUUGAAUGGUCAAUGAGGGACAGUGACGAACUGGUCUCCCAUAAUUAUGAACCAAAAGAUAUUCCAUCAAACGGUCCUAACGAAGUAGACCACCCAGUACAUAUUCUCAAUGAAGUAAAUCAUCUGAAUAAGAAAAUAUUACUAGAUUAUAACCGAUGUGGCAUCCCCCUAGCGGAAAUCGUGGUCGAAGAUGACUACAUGAACGCAGAAGAAUGCAUUAACCUACUCAAGGAGAUAAGAAAUAAAGUGUGCUUACUGGGGGUAUGCGUGGGAAGCAAGGAAAAUAUCAGGUCAGACAUUAACAUAUCCUUUGAGUACGAUAACGUGAAGUACAGCCGAGUUGAAAUAAAAAAUGUUAACAGCUUCAGAAAAAUUAAGAAUUGCAUAGAACAAGAGAAGAAAUAUUUUAUUAAUAAAAUUAUCAGAAAGGGUAUAGAAAAAGACUACCACUCCAAUACGGAGGAAAUGUAUACAAAGAGCUACCUAGACAGUACGCACUACGUUGUCAGGAAAAAGGAAGUAUACAAUUAUGUGCAUGAAAGGAACAUCCCCCAAUAUAAGCUUGGCAAACAUGUUAUAAAGCUUCUAAAAUUUUAUGUUAAUUAUAAAAUAAAAAUAUACGAGGAUGAAGUGAAAUACAAUUGGUCCAAACAAUAUUUUCAUGUCUUCCUGAAUGAUCCCUUUUUAUAUAACUAUUUUAAUGAAUGCCUGAAAUAUGAGGAAGAAAAAUAUGUAUCCAAUUUUAUAGUUAAUAUACUCCUCGACGUGAUAAAAAAAAAAAAUAUGCUUUCCAAAAAUAUCGUAAUAAAACCGAAAAACUUCUGCUUUCUCAUUAACUAUGCUAUGAAGAACAACUUAGACAAUACAUCCUUGAAGAAUUUCCUCUAUAACUAUGUGGAUGUAGGAUUCGAAAAUGAGCUCCUCCUCGAAACAUUUAAAAACGUCAACGUUGUAGAAAUGGAGCAGGAUUUGAAAAAACUCAUUGACGAUAAUAUACAGCAUUUAAAAAUCGAUGGGGAAAAAAAUGUCCUUAACGAGCAAAACUUUAAGAACAGAAUUAUGGGCCUUUUGAAGAGCCAAAUGAGUCAACGUGGUUCGCAGGUGCAUAUCAACUACAAGUCGGUGAGCGCGUUCAUUGACGACUACGUACGGAGAUUGCCCUAA